AUGAGUGACAACACGUUCAGAUUCUCUGAUCUCUACUUCUGCAUGUUCCUAUGCAUUCUGUCCAUCGUCCUCUCCCCUGCCUUCUUCGAGAACGGCCCAGAGCACCCUCCACGCCUGACAGAGCGACGUACGAUCAAACAUAACGCGACAAAAGUGAACAGAAUCACUGCUGUGAACACAGCCCCCAAUUCUACUUCCAAAACGCCUGCCCCCUGUGUCCCCGCAGCGUCUACCCCUUGUGCCGCCGCAGAUGCCGACAUUCCACCCCAAGCGGCCACUGCCCCCGCUGAUACUGAGAGCUCAUCCCAAGCGAACACUGCCCCAGCCUCCAGUCUCCCACGUCGGCCUACAGCUGCUCCUCCACAGGACUAUAGCGAGUUCUCUGCACACCUCAAUGAGCUCGAAACCAUGCUCGAGGAAGAAAACACCGGCGCGAUCCCGACGGCCCUCCGGAUUGGCCCACAGAUUCAGGAACCUUUGAACAACAAGCGUGCAUGGUCCUUGGUUGCACAGGAACAUGUAGGCAUCUCGUCGUCGAUGUCAUCCGAGUGCAGAGAAUCCACUACGACUACCAUUCCUCAAAGCACCGAGCUCUCCGCGAGCGCUACUUCAUCCUCAUCGUCGCCGCGGCCCUUCAAGAAAGUCAGGUUCUCCCCUGACACCUUCGAGCCUGCUGACAGCAGCGAAUAUCGCCGCUUAUCAAAGAGACAGCGGGAGUCAAGCGAAGAGGCACAGGAAGCCCGGAGAAAGAGGCGCAGAAUGGCAGCCAUCAACAAAAUGCUGGAAACCGAGCCGGCAUACAGAAUG